AUGCCUCCCAAGCAACAUAAGGAAAAGAAAAAGAAGAAAAAGAAGUCUACUCCAGAAGAUGACCUGGACGAGCCCUAUCACCGCUGGUUAGACGAAACAUACUACAUCGCACGAACUCAUCGUGAACAUGCGGCCGCAGUACACAUGAAAUUCAUCAAUACGGCAAUCAAAGCGUGCACAACUGCGAUAGUACCGUACAACGAGAUGUUGCUGCUAACCACCGGAAUACCAACGUGUGAAACAGAGGUGGUUCCAAUGGUUUCGGUUCCAUCCAUAAUCCGAUCACUUGGCUUCAACCCCACAACCAAGCAGUUAAUGCAAAUAGGAUGGAUUACCGCAUUGGUGAAGGAACCACCUGCCGAGUUCCUUUCUGAUGUUCUUAGCCGCACCCUAUGGGAAAGUGAAAACGAGAACAAGUUGAAACGAUGUAUGUUAAUGACACAUAUCGACUUCGAGUCGUGUGACCUCCUAACAAGCCGCAAGAAAUUAGAAAAUGUAGGGCUUCAGCUAUUACAAACGGGUUCAUUUGUGUUCGAUCCAUCACAAGUACCGCGAGUGUUCCUCCCCGCAGUUGACUUAUUGAGGCGCGUACCCGUGGUUGUACAACGCAGUGACGCUGAUACCCUAGACAAAGUGUUCGAGACCAUAUGGGCCGCUGCCAACACGUGUGAACGGGGAACCGGUGGCAUACGACAAAUGAACAUCGCGGCACUCCACAAAACCCUCACGACAGCCAUGCGCAGCCACAGAAAGACGUCGGAAACGAUGGAAGAGCCCUCGCUAACAAAGGUAGAAAUGGAAAGCUUACUAAGUUUCGUGUGUGGAGAGGGCGGCAAUGUUGACGAGGAUACAUUUGCGCUAACCGCAGUGUAG